AUGAGUUUGUCGGAUAAGAUCAGCAAUGAUGUCGAAAAACAUGGUCAUCACCUUUUAGAUGCUAUUCCAGAGGGUAAUAUCAGUUCAAUCAACAAAACUGGUUUGGAACUUUAUGAAAAAGCUCAGGACGUGACUGAGGAGGAAGAUGCUGAAAUAUACAAAAAGAUUGUCCGAAAAUUAGAUUACCGAAUUGUUCCAUUAUUGUGUUUUACCUAUAUGCUUCAAUUUUUAGACAAAUUGUCAUUGAAUUAUGCCUCUGCUUACACACUCAUUGAAGAUUUGGGCUUGGAAGGGCAACGUUAUUCAUGGGUUGCUGCUGUUUUUAACUUUGGGUACUUGUUCUGGGCCUAUCCAGGAAACUACAUCAUCCAGAAAUUACCAGUUGCUAAAUAUACUUCGUUUAUGUUGUUUUCGUGGUCAAUUAUCUUGAUUGGCCAUGUUGGGUUGAGAAACUACCAAGGUGCAUUGGUCAUUAGGUUCUUGUUGGGUAUGUUUGAAGCUGGUAUAAGUCCGUCAUGCAUGAUGAUUUGUGGCUCCUUUUACACCAUUCAACAACAACCAAUUAGAAUGUGUUUGUUUUUGUCGUUCAACGGUAUUGCCACAAUGUUGGGGGCAUUGUUGGCUUUCGGAUUGGGACACGUUGAAAACGGUACAGUCACCCAGUGGCAAUUGAUUUUUCUUGUCAUUGGAUUGAUCAACUUUGCAUGGUCAUUGAUUUUCCUUUGGUUGUGUCCCGAUUCACCUCAGGGUGCCAAGUUCUUGACCGAACAAGAAAGGUCCAUUUUAAUCAAACAUAUUGCUAAAAACAACCAAGGUGUCAAAGAUCAAAAAUUCCAGAAAUACCAAGCAUUUGAAGCACUCAAGGAUACCACGGUAUUGAUGUUGGCUGCCAUCGGACUAGCAUGCGGUGUGAUCAAUGGUGGAUCGUCCAACUUUAUCUCAGCAUUGAUUAGAGGAUUUGGUUUUACUGGGAUAGAGGCUACCGCAUUGCAGUUGCCAUUGGGUGCAAUUGAGUUCGUGUUUGUUCUUGUGGGUGGUUACAUUGCCCUUCGAGUGAAAAAUACCAGAUGCAUUGUGCUAUUCGUAUUUUGCAUAGCUCCUUUGGGUGGGUUAAUUGGUAUCCAGACAAUACCUUUGGAACGGAGAUGGGAUUUGGUUGGAUGUUCGUUUUUGCAGUAUAUUGUCGGGGGACCGAUAAUCAUGUGCUGGAUCUUGUUAAAUGCCAAUGUUUCGGGAAGUUCGAAAAAAACAACUGCCAAUGGAUUGUGGUUUUUGAUGUAUGCUGCUGGUAAUAUUACUGGAGCCAAUAUCUUUUAUGCUGACCAGGCGCCCAAGUACAGAAGUGGUAUUAUGGGAAUGUUGACAAGUUAUUGUGGAGUCAUGGCCUUGGCAAUUUUGAUGCGGUUAGUGUUGAUGAGAAGAAACAGCAUGAGAGAUAAGGAGUUGGGUAAACAGACAGAGGAGCAAGCCGAGCAGGCAAUUUUGAAUGGGUUCAUGGGAAUGACUGAUUUUGAAAACAAAGGGUUCAGAUACUCAUUGUGA